UCCUCCAGUUGUUAGCUGUCUAUCCUAGCGUAGAGAUCUCUGACGGCCAUGUUAUAUUUUCCGUCUUAAGAGUGAAUAUAUCGUGAAGGAUGGAGGAGAAAAAGUGUAUUUAUUACAAAGUUUCAUUUGGACUGCUAGUAACAGUUCUAGCCGCUGUUUCUACGGCUCUUACAAUACAUCUUUACACAAACAAAGGUGAAGAGAAUGCUGUACGUUUAUCCAACAGUGAGAUGGUUAAAUCUGGAGAUUCAAGCGGACUCUGGCGUGCACACUCUUUCCAGAAUCCUAAACUUAAUCUUUCUUUUCCGCAGCAGGCAGGUCAACCUGACCUUGAGAUGGAUAUAGAUGAGAUUUAUACCAACUGGACUCGUUGGUCGCGCUGCUCUAGACAUUGUAAACAAAAACGAGCACGCCAUUGCGCGCUUCCUCAUAUUUGCGGCUCAGCCGUGAUAAAAAUGGAGCGCGGCUGCCAUAGUGAUCGUUGUCGCGGCCGAGACUUUCAUAUUGUGAGAAAAAAGAAAUUGCGACGAAAAACAAAAAAUCAGUUAAAAAGAAAUCGGGCCUUUUACACAAAGUGGUCGCGAUGGACACCAUGCACUGACUUCUGCCAGACUACCAGGGUCAAGUCCUGCAGGUUCCCCUUGGUGUGUGGGAACAACGAGGUGACCGAGGAGGCCUACUGCUACAGGGAAGGGAGCCAGUGUGAGACCUGGUAUAAAUCCGGGAAAUCUCUGGAUAUUACUGAUGAGGAAGGGUUUCCGCUCAAGUCCGAGACGGAUAAAAUCAACACACUUCAAGCCGAGUUUGAAACUCCAAACUUUAAAGACUAUUCAUCCCAGUGUGGGAUCAGAAACCAGCAGACGAAUUUGAAUCCUAAAACAUCAGAUAUUGCCUGGGCCUUGAGGAUAAUCGGCGGUCGGGAGGCUGAUCCCGGCCGUUGGCCUUGGCAGAUUGUGCUCUUAAACAAAUACCGUGAGGCGUUUUGCGGAGGUACUUUGAUCCAUCCUAGAUGGAUAAUGACUGCCAGCCAUUGUGUCCGGAAACAUUUGAUAGUUCGGGUUGGAGAACACGAUCUUGUGAUCCAUGAAGGAUCAGAGAAAGAGUAUGUUGUAAAGAGAGCGAUAAUCCAUCCUGAUUAUAACAGAGAUACAGUUGACAAUGAUGUAGCUCUGCUAGAACUCCCUGAACCUGUAGAGCUGGGUCCGCAUGCUGGUCUUGCUUGUCUCCCUGAACAAGGGGAAAUGCUGCCAGAUCAGGAGCACUGUACUAUUAUUGGUUGGGGAAAGGAGAAGAAAUCACAUUUCUUUGGAACUGAAGUUCUUCACGAAGCAAGGGUACCAAUAGUUCCCAUGAGUGAUUGUAUGAGCGUGUAUAAAAACUACUAUAUAACUGAUAACAUGUUCUGCGCCGGAUACAAGGGAGGAAGAAUUGACAGCUGUGCCGGAGAUUCAGGUGGUCCGUUGUUAUGCAUGAAGAAUAAUCGUUGGACUGUGUACGGAAUAACCUCGUUUGGUGAGGGGUGCGGGAGGCAGGGAAAAUACGGAAUCUACGCAAAAGUUCCCAAUUACACGGACUGGCUUGAAAGGACAAUUGAAACUGAAGAAAAAAAUCGCGGGAAAUAGUUGACUUUAAUUGUGAAUACAAAUUUAAUUAUGUGAUUCAUUCAGCCUUCCUAUUAAGAAUGUGAUUUUCUUCAGAGAUUGAAAAAUACCCUCUCUCCCUUCUCUCCUCUUAGGCCUUCAUUAAAGUUGGAACAAUGGCGGCCUAAAUAAACAAAAUGGUCGCCUAAAGAACCAAGAUGACGGCCUAGAAAAUUGUAACUGUGAUGCAACAACGUGUAGCGGUCUCUUCCGGACACAAAAAUAUUCAUUCUGUGUAUGUAUACCUCAAAACCUGUAUCCUAUAAGGAGGGAUUUUUCCUCCCUAUUCUUUAGGUUUCUAGUCCUAAAUUAUUGUUUAAAUUAUAUAGUAGUUGUAAUAUUAUCAAUAGUGUGAAAGAAUAAAUGUUUACAAUUAGA